ACGGUCGACUAGGUAGUAAGCUGCCAUAUAUCACGAUUGAUCAUGGUUUUUGAUGGACAUUGUGCAGUUCAGAACGCAACCCCGAUGAGGUGCCAUUAAUUACUUCCAUUUCGCUUCCCUGAAGCUAGCGACGCCGCUCUACAGCUCAUAGCUGAUAUAAAGGCAGCAGUUUUAACCCCACCCCUCAAACAUGUUCGCUCUUUCUGUCCCCCUCGUCUCUCUUCUCGCAUUCGUCGUGGGAACCAGCGCUGUACCCACCCUAUCUGCUCGUGACAACAGCACUUGCAGUUCGGGCGCACAGUGCGACACUGGCACCGUCUCAUGCUGCCAAACCACAUAUGACUACAGCAGCCCUCAACUGAACGCAAUCACAAGGGUACUGAACAUCGCCCUUGAACCCGUCGAGGACUCCAAGGUUGGAAUGGGCUGCAGUCCCAUCAGCGUCAUUGGCACUGGUAGUGGCGCGGUGUGUAACCAGGAGCCUGUCUGCUGCAGUGGUAACACAUACUACGGCCUCAUUAACAUUGGGUGCUCACCGAUCAACAUUUACCUGUAAUCGUAUAUCACAGUCCCUCCCCGAGAGUGGUUUACUUCACUGUCGUUGAUUCUUUGUGAUGUUCGCAUUCG